ACAGUGACAGUAGUUUGUUUUGAUGGUAUUUUUUGCUCAUUUUUGUUAUUCAAAAUAUUUUGAUAUUUAAUUUUAUAAUAAGGUGAAAGCUUUUAAUUUGUCGCCGGUGCAAUGUCUUCCGCAGUAAUACGAACUUUACAACAGGACGUUUUUAACCCCGGGGAGGAACGCCUUAUAUCUUGCUGCCAUGUCAGCAAAUAUCUCAAGAAAAAGAAAACCUCCUACCUUUGCCUAGUGGGCACAACAACUGUACCUUUUAAUGUUUAUAUCAUUCAAAUUAAACAAACCGACAAACAGAUUUUUAAAAGAAAACGAAGCUGGUCUCUGGCAGAGUUAAAAUCAGUAGACGGUCAUAGUGAAAUCUAUGACACACAAGAAUUUGAUCUAUAUUUUGAUAAAGUCUACAGGUGGGUGUCUACAAGCCCCAAAGAACGAUAUGCUUUUAUACAUAAUCUCUGGAAGCAAGCUUCCAAGCAUGUUGUUAAAGAUAUGCCUGUUUUUAAGAAUAUACCAAAGGCAUGGAUAACUGAAGAUGCACUAACUCCGGAAAAUAAUUUUAUUACAUCUCCAUUGAAUGCAUUCGAUAAUGAUAUUGCAGAUGAUUUUCAAGCCAUAACAGACAGAGAGCAGGAAGACCUAAAAAGAUUAAUGGAAGGAUGUGAAUUUGCUAUAAGCAAUGCUGAAGGCUUCAUGGAAAUACUUGCAAGGGACUUAUCUCUUCUUGAUGGAGAGAAUGUUCAGUGUGUCCUAGCAUCAGAAGAACAUGUGGAAAGCCUAAUGGAGCAACUUGAAUUGGCCAUAAAUGAAGCAGAUAGAUUAGAAAAACAACUGGACAAUUAUGAUGAAAUUUUGUGCCAUGUUAGAGAUACUAUGGAAACAAUGGAGAAGAAGAACACUAUGAAUUCAAUUGUAAAUAAGAAUAAUCAGUUGUUGAUGAAGGAACUGGAAAACAUUGUUACAAAACUGGAUCUACCUCCAGAAUACCAAAAAAUCCUUGAUGAGGCAGAUUUCACUUCACCCGAAGGACUUGCAUUGUCUGUAAAAGCAGCUUAUGCACUAAAGACAGCCAUGAAUUCAGAUAUUGAUAAGGCACUUCUUCAGAUGUCUGCGGUGCAAGAGCAAAGAAAGAAAUUUGAAAAAUACAAAGAGAAAUUUUCAAGAAGCUUAAGCAGGCAAUUAAAUAACUUAUUUAUACAUUAUGGAAACCAUAAAGGAGAAGCCGAUAGGAGCAAUGAUGGAUUAAUCUUGCCGCAACACAGUGGGGUCCAUAAGGAGUUAUAUCCUUACACAGAAUUGAUGCACUGGAUGAAAGUUAUGGAUAAAAAAAUGUAUGAUUCACUAAAAGAAGUGUACACCUCCUCUUUAGGAAAAUUAUAUGAUAGAGAUUUAAGAAGUUUAUUUAUCUCUGCCAGAGAGAAAAUUGGAGUAUAUCCUGUUUCUUCACCAACAACGUUGAUUGGACUGGAUAGGGAUUUCUGGACACUAGAGACAAAUAUUUCAGAUAAAAAACGCCAUGAGAGACUAUUAGAACAGGUCUUAACGCAAUUAGAACCAGUUUUUUUGCAAGAACAGCAGUUUUGUGUCCGAUUUUUUCAGUUAGAUGUUUUAAGUCCAACAUCGAAAAAUACUCUUACAACAUUAGAUGGCGGUGAGCUAAAUCCGGAAAUUACUUUACCUCAGAAAAAAGUGGAUAAACAGAUUAAUGAAGAUGUUAGAACUAUGAUGAGCAACUUAUUUUCUUGCCUGAAGACAGAGCUUGAUUUGUUAAUUGAUCAUAUUAAGAAGCAUGACAGUUUCUAUUGUAUGUACGUACUUGUGUGCCUAAAUCAGCACGUUAUGUCAGCCCAAAGUUCCUUCCUGAGCAAUACUUUUGCUUCUCAACUAAUAGAGAUAAAAAGAUCCCUGGAUCAAUUCAUGCAAACCCAAAUAGAUUCGGUGAAAGAGUGUCGAUUAACGCGAAAAUCCAAAGUGGGAAUCCUACCCUAUGUCUCGAAUCUAGAAAUAUUUGCUGAAAACGUUGAAUGUUUGCUAAGAAGCGAAAGGGCGGCUGAUUUAGAAAAAUGGUAUACGAGACUUGUAGACACUAUUAUAGAGUACAUUCCUAUUCAUGCUAAUGAUCAAAAAACACCUUCGCAGGUCACGAAAAUGGAAAAUUAUCAUCAUCUUUAUUCGCUUUUAUCGCAGCUCAAAAUAUCAGUUUUGGAUAGUCAAAGGAAAGAGGCGAAGCAAAGAUAUCAGGACGCUCUUCAGUCGUAUGUAACCCUGUACUUUGGAAGACCACUGGAAAAGUUAAAUACAUUUUUCGAAGGUGUACAAGCGAGGGUCGCGAGUGGAGUAAAAGCGUCAGAAGUCAGUUAUCAAUUGGCGUUCAGUAAACAGGAGUUAAGGAAAGUGAUUAGUCAGUAUCCUGGUAGUAUGGUAAAAAAAGGUAUAGAAUCCCUAUACAAAAAAGUAGAAAAGCACCUGUCAGAAGAAAGCAAUCUUCUACAAGUAGUAUGGAGAGCGAUGCAAGAAGAAUUCAUCAGGCAGUAUAAAAUGCUUGAAGAGUUAAUUCAGCAGUGCUAUCCAGGCUCCAUGAUAACCCUGGAGUUUACUAUUGAUGAUAUCUUACAAUAUUUUUCUGAAAUAGCUAUAUCACAUUAAUAGCUUUGCUUAGAAGCAAAGAGUUGUUUGUUAAUUAUUGAUUAUGGCUUUUUGUAUAUGUUUUAAUAGUUUAUUUAUUUAGCAAAUGUACAUAGUUAAGAGAAAAUAUUUGAGCGAUGUUUACAGUAAUAUACUAUUUAAUUAUC